AUUUCAAUACCUUGACUACAAGUUGCCAAAUCUCCGCAACAAUCUCGCUACCAGAAUCAGAGAAAAUAAAAUGAAGAGUAGUAAACAUUAACACAGUGUUAAGGUACUGGGCUCAGAGGUGAGGUAAAUUGUUACAUAAUUAAAUGAGAAUUACAGGAUUUAACAUACAGGGAAAGGAAAGAAAACAAAACGGGAAAUGAACACGGGCGUCCGCGUGGCGGGCGAGCCACAGAAUCACUAACCAACCAGAUAUUCGGUUUUGGUAAGAAAAUCGUUUUGGUCAAAUUUCCCUUGGCUUGGUGAUGAAGCUGAAAUCUUGCAGUUUUUAAACUCCGGAGUGGGUCUUGGGUUUGAAGAAUUUUGUUUGCAGGGAGCAGUAAUACUGGUGGCACCGUAAACGUGGGGGGCAAAGCAUUCUUACGAAGGUUGCAGCAGUUCCGGUCGUGUGGGUCAAGGCUUCUGCGCAAUUGUCUCAAAGCAUCCCAAACGGGAAGAUAAUCAGUUUUAAAAAAAUCAGUUUUAAAAAAAGUUGAUUUCUGUAGUCUGACGAAUUUGUAAAAUAGGUCCGAAAAUUUCCACUUAGAGAUGCCGGAUCAGCGACCAAUAACUUAGCCGAGGGUUCUCUAGGCGGGCGGGGACUAAGGCGUCAUGACGUCACUACUCAACGGGCCCACGAAGGGAGGGGCCGGCAGGAUAAAUGAAAGUGUUCCGGAGAGCGCGCCCUCAGUCUUCAAUUCGGUCCGCAAUCCGCUCAUAUAAGGCAAUUGCCUCUUCGGUCUCUCACUUUUCUGCAAGCUUUCCGAAUCCUCGCUGCCAUGUCUGGUCGUGGUAAAGGCGGAAAGGGGCUCGGAAAGGGGGGCGCCAAGCGCCACCGUAAGGUCUUGCGGGAUAACAUCCAGGGUAUUACCAAGCCCGCCAUUCGUCGUUUGGCUCGGCGUGGGGGGGUCAAGCGCAUCUCUGGGCUCAUCUACGAGGAGACCCGUGGGGUUCUGAAGGUGUUCUUGGAGAACGUCAUCCGGGACGCCGUCACCUACACCGAGCACGCCAAGCGCAAGACCGUCACCGCCAUGGAUGUCGUCUACGCGCUGAAGCGCCAGGGCCGCACCCUCUACGGCUUUGGCGGUUAAGUCUCCCGAUUCCUGCCACCUAACAUUUUCCACCAAAGGCCCUUUUCAGGGCCGCCCACGUGUUUCUGCGAAAGAGCCGGCACUUGCUGAUUUCUUUUAUACUUCGGUGUUUGUGAAAGCAGAUAACGAAGUGUGUACGUUUUAAACUAAAACUAGUACUUUUUAGCUCGCGUCCUAAGGCUUUGGAAGUGUGCUGGGCUGUGUGUUUGCGCUUCGGGUAACGUGGUUUUAGGCUGAUGUUUAUCGUCCAGCUUUACGUUCAUGGGCCAGUGAAGUAAGUUACGGUACUUUCUACCCCGAAGGAUUCCUUUUUCAGUUCUGGAGCAUUCCAAUUUGAGUCGUGUACGUCUGGUGUUGAAUACUAGAGAGAAUUCAGCUUAAACGGCCCGCGGCGGAGCGCCGCAAGCCUCCCCUCCCCCGUCCGUGGUCCGGGCUCAAAAUGGCGGCGAGGCCGAGGAACAAAGAAAGGCCGUGUUUGCGGCGGGACGCGGGCCCGGAACAAAGGCGAAUUCGUGAGGGAGGCGGCAUGUUAACCUUGGGCAGGGGCGCGCGCUGCUCGGCUCGGGUGGCGUGUGGAGACGUUGCUCGGCUCUGCUAACUAGAACUUGUACAAAAGACAGGGAGCAAAAUUAAAAUGUACACGCGGAGAGAGCUAGCAUGUAUUGUUAGGUUAUAGAGACCACUAAAUUCUGGCUUCCUGUUAGGAAAAACGUUGUCCAUAUGAAGGGUUACUUAAAGAAAAUAAAUGACAGCUAAGCUUA